AUGGAACGCCUUCUUGUCCCAUGUCCCUUGUUCCCCGAUGAGGUGGAAGGAGACGAGAUUCUUCCUUUCCUUUUCAGCAAGGACGCCGUACUGAAGGCGAUUCGCACUGGUGGAUGCACACGUUGGAAGCAUACUGCCGGAAGAAUUCUGGACGCUGGAUUGGCCGCGGCCAUUAUCAGUCCUGCACAAUCUGACCUGAUCUGA